UUGAUUAAUUAGCCAGUUGGGUGUCCAAAAUCAUAUCGAAAUUUAGCUUAAUUGACACGAGAGAGAUCAGAGACAGGCAUGCAGAUCAUGGCAGUAAACACAAGCUUGGAACCAACAAAUUGCUUCCUGCUGCUGUCCAAGAACAAGGAUCAAACUGAGCUGCGGCGAUCGUACUCGGAAUACUCGAACACCACCAGAGCGGCGGAUCAUCUCGUCGCCGGCGCCGGAGUAGUGGCAGUGGCUUCCUCCGGCGGUGCCUCCGGCGGCGGCGGCGGCGGCAGCGGCUCGGACGUGGAGACGACGGUGCGGUGCGCGUGCUGCAGCGUGACGGAGGAGUGCACGGCGGCCUACAUCCGCCACAUCCGGGCGGCGCACUACGGAGACUGGGUGUGCGGCCUCUGCGCGGAGGCCGUGCGCGAGCGGAUGCGCGGCGGCGGCGGCGGCGGCGGCGUGGAGGCGGCGCUGCGGUGGCACAUGGAGGUGUGCAGGGACUUCAACUCGACGACGAGGCUGAACCCGAAGCUGUCCCUCGCCGGCUCCAUGAGGGACAUCGCCAGGAGGAGCUUCAACCGGCGGACGACGGCGUCGACGUCGGCGGCGGCGACGUGCCACGACCAGCUCCGGGCGGCGAAGACGAUGGCGAGGACACUCAGCUGCCAGCAAAGGUUCUUAGCGUGAUUGUCAUUUUAUACCCACGGCGCCAUGAGUAUUAAUUUGUACUCCCUCCGUCCCUAAAUAUUUGACGCCGUUGAUUUUUUUAAACAUAUUUGACUGUUCGUCUUAUUCAGUAAUUAUUUAUCAUUUUCUUAUCAUUUGAUUCAUUGUUAAAUAUACUUUUACGUUAAUAUAUAGUUUUACAUAUUUCACAUAAAUUUUUCAAUAAGACGAAUGGUCAAACGUGUUUAAAAAAAUCAACAGCGUCAAACAUUCAGAAAAAAGGGAAUAGUAUCUUCCCGUACUGUACAUUUUGUAAUGUUUAGAUAGGUCGUAUAUUAUGCAUAUGCUUGAUAUAGUUUACUUAAUCUGUGCAACCUAGUAUAGAACAUAGUAUAGAAUAAGACACUUUCUAGUACUAUAUAUCCACAUGUUUGUAGUACCAGGAAUAUCUUAUGGUGUAUUAUUUCAUUUCAUUCCUCUUUCAGAUAUUUACAGGUCAUUUAAUUAGCUUCUGUAGUAGAGUACAUAUGUAAUGAUGAUAGGUGCAUGAUGUUUUGUAAAUAAGUGUUUCUGAAUCUGUACUCAACUCUUGCCUAUGUCUAUCUAAUAA